CCAUCGCUGGCUACUGCUACGGUGGUUGAUGGCCUUCGAGGUGGUUAAACGCCUGGAGGCCAUGGGUGAAGAAGUCAGGUUUCUCGGUCUUGUCAACGUCCCUCCUUAUAUCGCCCAACACAUGCACAACAUCGAACUCAUCUGCAAGCUUAACGUGUCGUUCUUCCUCGGUCUUUUGUCGAAGCAGGAUUCUGAAAGUAUGGGGCCUACUUUUCAACCGCUCACGCAGAAGGAGAGGCUUGAGAUCGUAUGGAAGAUGUCGCCUCCUGAACGUCUCGCCGAGCUCCAGUUGACACCUGAAAUUCUCGAACACUGGGUAGAAGUCUCUGUGUCUCUCAUGCGCUGUGGAAAGGGAUACAGCCCGUCGGGUGCAGCUCCGGCUAUCGAUGUUUUCUAUGCCGUCCCGCCUCGCGGCCCGGAUGACAAGGUUAACCGGCUCAAUGAGCUCAAGCCAUGGACUGGUUUCAGCCGCAGUGACGCAACAUUUACUGACGUGCCCGGGGAGCACAACACGCUCGUGGACAUUGAUCACGCCUCGCAGUUCCAGAAGCUCUUCCGCAGUCGCCUUGAGGCUCGUGGAGUGUAAACUUUGUUGCGCUUUUUGGCGACAUGGCUACUAAACAUAUGUAGAAACAUUGUUAAUACCCGUACCACCACUGCCGCCUUUUUCCAA